UGGGUCUUUCACUAUGGCCUCAGUCAUCGUGGCGGCCCCAUGUUAGCAGGCUAUCAGCCACCCCCUCCAACACGCAGUCCCUUUAUCCCUCUUUUCUGGGCGGGAAGUGGUUCUUGAUUGAUUGGAACAAUCUGUCUGUUCGACGCUUUGUAUUCUUCUGCAUCUGCUUUGCUCUUGCUUGCAUCCACUUUUCUCCUCUAUCUGUCGACCACGUGGGCUCCUAUCUCCUCCGCUCCGUUUGGUUGUAUCUUCUUCGCUCCGUCUGGUUCUUUCGCCCCUCCUUUUAGCUCAUCAAGUUUGCCGCUUUUGUGCUGAUGCUUCGCCGGUGUUCAAUACCGUUUCGGACGGUGUGCGGCUAUGAGGCGUUCUGUGGGUCGAUCGGACUAGGUUUGUUGGCCGCUGGGUAGUUCUCUCACACAUUUCUUGGCGGGAAAUCUGGCGGGAAAUCUGAGCGUUGUACGUCGGUGGGGUGAUCAAUCUCGGUGGUACCCUGGUGGUGGAUGGUGGAGGUCUUAGUGUUGGGAACUUGCAUGCUGUGUGCCUCGCGGGGAUUGACAAACUGACGAGAAGUGGCGCGGCCUUCGCUCGCGGGUGGGGGGCUCUGAACGCCAUAGCCAGAGCUUGUGAGGACCCAUUGUUCGUCGGUCAAGAUGGCAGGCUAUGCAGGUGCACCAUAUUAUGGAGACGGUAGUGGAGGUGGGGGCGGAGCUCCUUAUGGUGGAGGGCCUCCUGGAGCGCCUCCUGGAGCGCCUCCCGGGCCAGCCCCAGGAGCGCCAUCGCCGUAUGGUGCCCCAAAUCCGUACGGACAGGGUGGUCCCGCUCCCGUGAUGCAGCCGCCGCCGUACGGACCAAUGGCUGGGACGCCGCCGCCGCAGUACGCAGCGGCGCCGCCGCCGCCGGGCGCGUACGGUCAACCAGGUCAGCAGUAUGGUCCCGGUCCACAGGGUGCACCUGGUCCACCUGCUGUUCCUCAAGGGCCGGUUCCUGGACUGCAACAAGGACAGCUUCCUCAUCAAGGACCUCCUCCGCCGUCUAAUCAACAUCAACAAGUGCCGCAUCAAGCGCCUGUGAAUCAAGGUGCUCAAGCUGCUCCUCCACAGUUUGCCACUGGUGGCGUUCAGUCGGGUUUCACUGGUGGUGGUACCCCGACUGUUGCUAGUGGGGGGGGAGGAGGCGCACCGCAAGGGAGCAACGCACCGGGUCAGACUGGUGGUGCGGCAGCGGGAGCUCCGAGUUCUGGUCAAGGGUACGGUAGUGGUGGAUAUAGUGGGCCGCCGAGCGGAGGCCCUUCCAGCGGUGGUUAUGGAGGCGGUCGAGGAGGAGGCAGUGGAAGCAACACAGGGGGAGGCGGAGUGGGAGGCUCCUCGUCCUAUCGUGGUUCAGAAAGGGAUGGCGACUGGCUUUGCCCAAAUCCGAGCUGCGCGAACAGCAAUUUUGCGAGGAGAACGGAGUGCAAUAAGUGUGGUGCGCCCAGACCAGCGGGAGCUGGCGGGGGCAGCGGAGGCGGAAGUGGUUCUGGACGAGGUGGUGGUGGCGGUUACGACGAUAGACGCGGUGGUGGUGCUGGUGGUCAAAGGGGCGAAGACUGGACCUGUCCGAAUCCCAGUUGUAAUAACUUGAACUUUGCAAGGAGAACAGAGUGCAACAAGUGCCGGACGCCAAAACCGCAGGGCAGCGGAGGAUCAGGUGACGCAUACUCUGGUGGAGGAGGAGGUAGGUACGAAGACCGUGGAGGAUAUGGUGGUGGUGGGAGGGGAGGGGAUCGUGUCAGUGGCUUCAGCGAUUCGUCGCGUAAUGGUUAUGCCGAUGGUCGCGGGCAAGGUGGAGAAGGAUAUGGUGCGCCGCGCACAGAUACGAGUUCUGGGUAUGGUAGUGACCAUAGGGGUGGGAGCGAUCAUAGGAGUGGGGGAAGUAGCGAGUACAAGAGUAGCGGGCCCGCAGGGGAUUAUAAAAGUGGGGAGGUGGAGCCCGUCAAAGUCAAGCAGUGUGAUGCACAUUGCGGAGACACUUGCGACAACACUCGAAUCUACAUCUCGGGGCUGCCUCUGGACGUUACGACUGAUGAACUGAGAGACCUCUUUGGUGGUAUAGGGCAGGUUGCGAGGAUAAAGCAGAAACGUGGGUACAAGGACCAGUGGCCCUUCAACAUCAAGCUGUACCAGGAUGAGAGCGGGAGGAACAAAGGUGAUGGUACACUGACGUACGAGGAUCCUCAAGCCGCACACUCAGCAGGUGGCUUCUUCAAUGAUCAUGUCAUCCGAGGUCACCAGAUCAAGGUUACGAUGGCUGAGAAAUCAGCGCCGCGAGUUGGAGGUCCUGGGGGAAGAGGGUAUGCGCCAAGAGAGCCUUUUGGCCCAUGGGUUACAGAGGCGGUGGAGGGGGAUACCGAGGUGGAGGUGGGGGUUACGGAGGGGGUGGUGGAUACGGAGGCGGAGGCGGUUAUGGUGGUGGAAGGCAUGGGAGUGGAGGCGGUCCAGAUCGAAGAGAUUCGGACCGGGGAUACCGAUCACGACCAUAUUAGAGAAGCAAGCUAAUCCUUUCAUCCUUCCCCGUUGCCCUUGCCCUCUCCCCACUCAGUGCCUCCCUCCUUACCCCGAAAACCUCUCCAAAGAAGCGUAGCUUCUGCAACGGGGCAUGUUUUAUGCGUGCCUCCCUGCCUCCUUCGACCAAUCUUUGCAGCAAAAUCAUACCUUCCAAAAGGACUGAAAUGUGAUGUGUGCGGAGGGAGACACCGGAAGGUAUGUUCCCUGUGCUGCAUGUUGGUAGGUGCGUCCUUUUUUUUGUGGGAAAGGUAGGACUAUGAUCCUCUUCGGUGAUCUAUGCACCUGUCUUUAGCUUUCUCUUAUACUCAGGUAAUCAGUCUUCUGUAUUGUGGUCUAAGGGCUGCGGUGCUAAUGCGAUCUCUAUAUGCUUAUGGGUGGAAGGGUUACCGUCUUCUCCAGGCGCCGGACGUCUCGAGAAUCAAUAGACGCACAGCUCAGUCGGCGAUUCAACACGAGUCUGGCUGUUAGGAAGUACGUGGUAUGCGAGGUACCAGACAUCCAGCAGAUUUGUGUGGUGUGUUAGUCACCACAGGUCUUGUAUCUAUGGAGUUCUGGGUGGUAUCCGAGGUACCGUGUUGCCUUGCGGCGAUGGGUGUGCCGAUUAGCAGAGGAUGACAACGACAGUCAGGAAGUGGGACGAUGGGAUUUGAAGUUCCGUAGCUUUGCUGAGGAUUGCUGCCUGCUAUUGUCUGCACUUCGUGCCUGGAGCUGUGAUGCAAGCCCCCUCCUGAGGAUUGGUUCUGUGCAAAGGUUUCGUCUGCAGUGGAAACCUGUGUAUGGAGAGACGGUCCGUAGCCCACGUGACUGACCAGGUACAUUUGGAAACUCAUAUGUUCUUGUCGGAGAGUGAAUGCGACACUGCUCUGCACAUAGGGCUGGCACUUUAGUUUCAGCAUCGUUCCUUUGUUCUGCCAAAGUAUCUUUCCUGUUAAUGUGUCAUUGAUGGGCCGGUAGAAAUCACAACGAUGCAUGCAUGCAUGCUCCCACGACAAUCUUGAAUAGUCCUGCAACGGUAUGUAGUUCGCCGAACAUGAAAACUGGCCUUUCUUGGUCGUGUGAGUGGUGUUCUUUUGGGCAGUCCUGAAUGAAUGGCAGGGUGUAUGCUCGAAGAGUUUUUAACUGUUGCAUUUUGGUUGAGGUCAUUCGAAAGGUGGUCGCGAUGGUGGUAACAGCAAGAAAGAACACCGGAGUGUUCAGAGCAACUUCAUGAUGGGCUUAUGCUGCCAGUGAACCAUGGGGUAUAUGAUUCUCACCGUAGCCAUUUAGGAGGCUUCCUGAUAUCCUCCGAAGGAUUGCCGGUGACACAUGCUUCGAGGCAUCUGGUCGCGACCGAAGCACAUGGAACAGGUUAUAGAUGACAGGGACUGGGAUGUUGGAUUCCCAGCUAGUGAGGGGAAACUGCCACAGGAAUGUGGAAUAUGCAAAGAGAAUUAGCAGGGAUGGAGUGGGCCGCUGAGAGAUUCGUCGAAUCGAUCUCAUCGAGGUAGGACAUUGGAGAGGAAUCUCUGCCUAGUCGUACCGAUGAAACAUGUGUGUCUGUGUGCAGACGACCCAUCUUUGUUUUUUUUUUUUCGCCUUUGCUUUCCGUCUUCGGCAGUAGAAGUCAAAUAUUUCUUGCCUUAUUGUGUAGUCCCACGCAGCUGGUGGAAUGGCGAGCUGCUAGUGAUCCUGGCUUUGUAGUGGUAUGAAAGCUGUGUAACUGCUCAAACGGGGGAAUCGGGCACACAAUUGCAUGUGGAGGCGGUUGGACGUGGCUUGGCUACAAGCCAAAUGUGGUGGGCAUCGUGAGAUUGAAGAGACUUGGAAAUGUCUGUUUGGUGAAAUUUCUUGCAGAAUAUCAGGUGAUCAGAGAAGUCUAGUGGUGUAAUUGACCUCGUUGCCACUUUGUUGAACAGAAGGUCUUCGUGCAUUCUGCACUUGUGAUCCAUGGGCUGUGGAGUUUUUUGUCUGGUCGACCUCUCUCUCCUUUCAAAUAUAUCUCCUGAUC